GUCUCUCACUCACACUCUAACCACCACGCCGCAUUUUAUUUGGUAGAUGCUUUACCUAAUAGAACUACAAUAGGGUCUCUUUUACUUACACUCUGACUACCACGCCGCAUUUUAUCUCGUAGAUACUUUACGUAAUGAAACUGCGAUAGGUCUCUUUUACUCACACUCCAACUACUACGCCGCAUUUUAUUUAGUAGAUGCUUGACCUCAUAAAACUGCGAUGGGGUCUCUUUCACUCACACUCUGGCCACCACGCCGCAUUUCAUUUGGGCUUCGCGAAUUCGACUCUCGGCGUCCUCCAGCCUCCGUUGUUACCUCAACUCUUAGGUGCGUCGCUGCCUGGUUCAUCCUCAACAUACAAGGCUACAUUCGCGGGAUAAGCCAUGGAACGGGAAGAGAGCUUACCGAAGACCGAUCCCACCCGAUGGCGACUCCGCACGAAUGAAGAGGGUGUCCAUUAUUGGAUUUACUUGGCGGAAGAAUCCGUUAAAGAAGAACGACCUCAGGCGUUCCCCGAGAAGUACUUUCUGGGUCUACCUAGGGAGAGUGAUGCUUUGCCGGAACCGAAGACUUUUUCUGAUGCCGCUCGUAAUGGAUUGACUUUCUACGCGAAACUUCAAUUGGAAGACGGCCAUUGGGGAGGCAGUUACGCCGGCCCAAGCUUUCUGCUUCCUGGCAUCGUAUUCGCGCUCUACAUUACGGGCGGACAUAUCCCCCAAGAAUGGGCAAUCGAAAUGACACGAUGGAUGAGCCAUCAUCAGAAUGACGAUGGAGGAUGGGGCCUCCAGACCGAUGGCCCCACAACCGUGUUUGCGACCGUACUAUACUAUGUUAGUCUCCGCAUUCUCGGGAUGAACGCCACUCAUAAGGUGGUGGCGAAAGCCAGAGAGCGGAUCGGAAACCUCGGUGGUGCAAUGCAGGCACCGCAAUGGGCAAGGUACUGGCUCGCACUUCUCAACCUCUAUGAGUGGGGAGGUGUGCAACUAGUGCCUUCAGAAAUGUGGAUUCUUCCCGCGUGGGUGCCGGUUCACCCAUGGAGAUGGUGGGUGCAAUGCCGCUCCGUCUACCUUCCCGUGUCGUACUUGUACUCGAACAAAUGCCGAAUGGAGCUGAACGACCUACUCCUCGAUAUACGAGGCGAGAUCUACAGCCAACCCUACGAGACCAUCGACUUCGCUUCAUACUUGCAUCAGGUUGGUCCAUUGGACAGGAAGCGUGCCCUAAAUUCGUUCCUCUCGGCCGCAAACCACGUCGCCCGGGCUUGGGAACGUUACGUGCGGCCAUCCUGGAUACACAAAUGGGCCAAUAGCGCCGUACGCGAACUGAUCAGACGGGAGGACGAGAAUACAUCAUACAACGACAUAGCCCCGGUAAAUAAAGCCUUCCAUACCGUGGUGGUACACUUCUGCGAUGGCGCAAAUAGCGAGGCUGUAAGACGGCAUCAAGAAAAGAUGUUGCCAUAUCUCUGGAGAGACGAAGCCGGCAUGAACUGCGGAGGGACCAAUGGAGUUCAGCUCUGGGACACUGCUUUUUCAGUCGUCGGAAUCACGGAAGCUGGAUUAGGAAAGGAGCCACAAUUUCGGGAUACGCUGCAGAAGGCCCAUAAGUUCCUGGAUGUUUCGCAAUUCCGCGACGACCUGUCGGAUCCAUUCCGUCAAAAGCGGAAAGGCGGGUGGCCAUUCAGUACCAGGGAUAACAGCUAUAUCGUAUCCGAUUGCACGGCAGAGGGCUUGAAGGCGACGAUUUUCCUGCAAGAGGAACUUGGCUUCGAAAAACUCAUCUCAGUGGAGCGUCUCUCUGACUGCGUCGAUACACUCCUCACCAUGCAGAACCCUGACUUUGGCUUUGGGAGCUACGAACGUGCCCGAACUGGUCCUCUCGUGGAGAUGCUCAACCCUGCGGAGAUCUUUGAUCGAUGCAUGGUUGAGUAUUCCUACCCCGAAUGCACAGCGUCCGUCAUCUCAGCACUAGUCCUGUUUCGCAAAUACUAUCCUUCGUAUUCUUGGAACAGGAUUGAGGCCGCUGUUCAGUCCGCAGCCAGGUUUCUUGAGAGCUGCCAGAACCCGAACGGCAGUUGGUAUGGUUCAUGGGGCAUAUGCUACACAUAUGGAACCAUGUUCGGUUUGGAGGGUCUAGCCGCUGCUGGCCAUACUUAUGGCACAUCCGAAGCCGUGAAGCGCGCCUGUCGGUUCCUUGUGGAUAAGCAAAAAGACGAUGGUGGUUGGGGCGAGCAUUGGGAGAGUUGUGAGCGUCACGAAUAUGUCGAGCACGAAAAGAGUCAAGUCGUGAAUACAGCUUGGGCUGUCCUUGGUCUGAUGGCUGCUCGAUAUCCAGGCACAAUGGUCGUAGCUCGGGGACUGGAGCUCAUAUGCCGACGACAAUUACCAAACGGGGAAUGGUUGCAAGAAGCGACCGAAGGUUCAUUCAACUGCACGUGCACAAUUGAGUAUCCCAAUUACAAGUUCCACUUUACAAUUCGGGCUCUGGGACGUUUCAGCCACGAAUACGUUCCGGCCCUGAGCAAGGAGUAACCCCAGGCAAUUCGUCUGGUUCUGAAGCAGCGGUGUCUGCAGCCUCGGUAUCAGCAUUGGAGGGAUGUGCAUCAAUGGUUGGCACGGAGAGGGUGUCGACCUAGGUUGGUAACUGAUAGCUAUGGACCUAAAGCGGUGCCGGCGGCUCAUGAGAGUAGAUUGAAGGUUCGCUCCAAUGGAGCUGCCAAGCUGCUCAGUUACUGUGCUAAAUCCACAGCAAUUAAUCCGACUAUCUUCGU